AUGUUGACUGUUAAGAAAUUUUUGUGUUUUAAAUUGGAGACCGGUGGUAAAAUUAUUGGAUGGUUAGGAGUAAUUGGAAGUGGAUUGUUGAUUUCCGUUUUGAUUUUAUUAAUGAUAAUGGUAUCGUCUUUAUCAUGUAAAGAAAUUAAUCAAUUGGAUAAAAGAUAUGCAGAUGAAUUGACAGGAGAAUUAGGACUAAAUGAUUGCCAGACUAUAUUCGGAGCAUUUAUAAUCAUUUGCUCGAUCCUAAUUGCAAUCUGCAUGUUUGGUUUCGUAAUCUACUUCCUUUUGCUUCGAGGAAUCUCGAAUCAAAACGAAAAGAAAAUUCUACCAGCUGUGAUUACUGAAGCCGUUGUGAUGGUUGGCUUUGCCUUAUACUCACUAGCGAACAUGACAGUUGAAACACUUGUCGAAGCAAUCAUAGUUGGAUUAAUCCAUUUCUAUAUUUUUACUGUCUUGUACUCACUGUACGUCAAAAUUAGAAAUGGAAAUAGACGAGGUGUAAUAAAUGUGCAAUUUAAUAAAUCACAAAAUGUUUAAAGGAUUUAAAAAUGAGACGAUUUAUUAUCAA